AUGCAGGGUUCUCCAGUACUGGUCCCGUCCACUGCGGGCGGCGCAGUCACAUAUAAGCCAUGGACGCCUGCCGACAUCUACGCCUCCGCCUGUAACCCUGCCGACAUCUACGCCUCCUCCCGUAACCCUGCCGACAUCUACGCCUCCGCCCGUAACCCUGCCGACAUCUACGCCUCCGCCUGUAACCCUGCCGACAUCUACGCCUCCGCCUGUAACCCUGCCGACAUCUACGCCUCCGCCUGUAACCCUGCCGACAUCUACGCCUCCGCCUGUAACCCUGCCGACAUCUACGCCUCCUCCCGUAACCCUGCCGACAUCUACGCCUCCGCCUGUAACCCUGCCGACAUCUACGCCUCCUCCCGUAACCCUGCCGACAUCUACGCCUCCUCCCGUAACCCUGCCGACAUCUACGCCUCCGCCUGUAACACUGCCGACAUCUACGCCUCCGCCUGUAACACUGCCGACAUCUACGCCUCCGCCUGUAACACUGCCGACAUCUACGCCUCCGCCUGUAACACUGCCGACAUCUACGCCUCCGCCUGUAACCCUGCCGACAUCUACGCCUCCGCCUGUAACCCUGCCGACAUCUACGCCUCCUCCCGUAACCCUGCCGACAUCUACGCCUCCUCCCGUAACCCUGCCGACAUCUACGCCUCCGCCUGUAACACUGCCGACAUCUACGCCUCCGCCUGUAACACUGCCGACAUCUACGCCUCCGCCUGUAACACUGCCGACAUCUACGCCUCCGCCUGUAACCCUGCCGACAUCUACGCCUCCUCCUGUAACCCUGCCGACAUCUACGCCUCCUCCUGUAACCCUGCCGACAUCUACGCCUCCGCCUGUAACCCUGCCGACAUCUACGCCUCCUCCCGUAACCCUGCCGACAUCUACGCCUCCGCCUGUAACCCUGCCGACAUCUACGCCUCCUCCCGUAACACUGCCGACAUCUACGCCUCCUCCCGUAACCCUGCCGACAUCUACGCCUCCGCCUGUAACACUGCCGACAUCUACGCCUCCGCCUGUAACACUGCCGACAUCUACGCCUCCGCCUGUAACCCUGCCGACAUCUACGCCUCCGCCCGUAACCCUGCCGACAUCUACGCCUCCUCCUGUAACCCUGCCGACAUCUACGCCUCCGCCCGUAACCCUGCCGACAUCUACGCCUCCUCCUGUAACCCUGCCGACAUCUACGCCUCCGCCUGUAACCCUGCCGACAUCUACGCCUCCUCCCGUAACCCUGCCGACAUCUACGCCUCCGCCUGUAACCCUGCCGACAUCUACGCCUCCUCCCGUAACCCUGCCGGAGGGAGUGACAGGAGGGGGGGGGAGUGA